AGGUCAGCUGUUUCGGUUAGUUUACUGCUGAAGUUAGCGCCGUUUUAGAGACGUAUUUCUUUGUGGAAAUGUGUUUUUAUUUCCCGCUUUACACCGACUUCCAGGCUGCCACAUAAAGGCGAACCAGUCCGUGCUGGCUGAACUGGAAAAGUGAGCUUUUUUCGGCUAGCGAGUGAGGAUUUGUUCCCGAGCAUCCUGCUAGCUUAGCAGCUAAGUUAGCAACACAAACCAGAGAGGAGGGAGGUGAGAGGUGAGAACCAGGGUCACCAACCAUGGCAGGUGGAAUUACAGACACAGGAGAGCCCUACUCUCCAUUUGUGGGGCUGGUGUACAUGUUCAACCUGAUUGUGGGGACUGGAGCUCUGACGAUGCCCAAAGCCUUCGCUCAAGCUGGGUGGGUGGUCAGCUUGGCCCUCAUCACCUUUUUAGGAUUUAUGAGCUACAUGACCACCACUUUCGUGAUCGAGGCGAUGGCAGCGGCCAACGCUCAGCUGCGCUGGAAGAGGAGAGAGCAGGAAGAGGUUGAGAACAGCGACUCCACGUCCGAGUAUUCAGACGACGACGAGGUCACAUGCCGAGGUCGAUCGGAGCCGGAGACGAGGCCCAUCUUGUCUGUUCAGAGAUCAGGGCAGACCGAUCAUUUUGACAUCAUGGAGCGGGUUGAGAUGGGUCAGAUGGCCUCCAUGUUCUUCAACAAAGUUGGUGUCAAUAUGUUCUACAUCUGCAUCAUAGUCUAUCUUUAUGGAGACCUGGCCAUCUACGCAGCAGCUGUGCCGAUAUCGCUGAUGGAAGUUGCCUGUGGAAACCACUCCUGCAGUGCUGGAAGUGUCAAGUACAACGACACAGAUCCGUGCUGGGGCUCUGUCACGAGGAAAGAUGCGUACCGGGUGUUUCUGAGCGUGUUCACUGUUUUGUUGGGCCCGUUCACCUUCUUCAACGCCCAGAAGACAAAAUAUCUCCAGAUUCUCACCUCACUCAUGCGAUGGAUUGCUUUCACCAUGAUGAUCAUCUUGGCAUUAAUUCGCAUCGGUAAAGACCACGGCGCGGGACACCCACCUGUCGCCUCCUUGUCUGGGGUCCCCAACCUGUUCGGGGUGUGCGUCUACUCCUUCAUGUGCCAACACUCGCUGCCGUCCCUGGUGACGCCCAUCUCUAACAAGAAGCGCGUCGGCUCGCUGGUGCUUUUCGACUACGUCCUCAUCCUCGGCUUCUACGUGCUCCUCUCGUUCACCGCCAUCUUCUGCUUCGAUAGCUCGCUGCUCUACGACAUGUACACCCUGAACUUCACAGACAACUGCGACGUCUUAGACAUCCCGGUGCUUCGCUACUUCCUCGGCUUGUUCCCCGUCUUCACCAUCAGCACCAACUUCCCCAUCAUCGCUGUCACGCUUCGAAACAACUGGAAGACCCUGUUCCACCGAGACGGAGGUACCUACCCGUGGGUGGUGGACCGAGUGGUAUUUCCCCUCAUUACACUCGUGCCCCCCAUCGUGGUGGCCUUCUGUACACACAACUUGGAGUCCUUGGUGGGAAUCACGGGGUCUUAUGCCGGUACAGGGAUCCAGUACAUUGUCCCAGCCUUCCUUGUCUUUUACGCCAGGCGCCACCUGGAGCCUGUGAUGGGCAGAGAUGCCAUCAACAAGCACCGGUCACCCUUCCGCCACAGCUUCUGGGUGUGGUUCGUUUUGCUGUGGGCUGCCUUCUGCCUCAUGUUUGUCACAGCCAACAUCAUCCUGACUGACACCAAGAAGUGAGAACUCGUAUCUGUGUUUCAGUUUGUGGUUCCCGUACAGGAAGCCUUAUUGCUGCUGGUUGGGCAGUGUGCCUUUUUUUGAACGUUUGUUCCGUAAAUUAAAUGUAAUUAAGAGUAAUUUAUCAAAUAUUUUUUGAAAAGGGACCAAAUUUCACAUGUUUUAUGUUCCACAAAAGUGCAUGACAGUUAAAGGGAAUUUAUUAAUAGGAUUUUUUGUCAAUAAACACCAGACAGUUUGAGUUUUUCACAAAGUUUUGCACUUUUUAAAAAUGUAUCCAACGGGCUUUUUGUGGCUUUUUAAGCCACAAAAGAAGAGAAAGACGUUUAAACCUUCUUUAUCACCCGCCAGGAUUGCUGUCCGAGUAUCGGACAAAAUUGUCAACACAACCAUCACUGGAGAGCGUUCUUCCAGCAAACGCUUCAUUUAAAGCAAACGUAUGGCGUAAGAUUAGAGUCGGGUGGUGUGACUCACAUUACAACAACAACAUUACGGGCAACAAAGUAAUUCUGAAUGCUACAACGUGGAAAAAUUAGUUUUUCCUUUGCAGUUAGCUCGAUCAUGUUAUCUGGAGGAUUUGUAGACUACUGGACAUUUAGCUGUGACUCUAUCGCAGAGCAGGUUGGUUUUACUCAGUUCACCUCUUCAACAAUAAUGGUGCUUCUAAAGUAGCAGCUGACACGUAGUAUCACCCUGAUACACAAGAAUAUGAAUUAUUCCACAGUGUAAAGGGCGUCUGCUCUGUCAUCACGCUGGCUCAACAAUGUGCUGUUUUUGAUCUGCAGCAACAUAUGCUCUCAUUGGUGUAUGGUAAUCUGAGUACUCUAACAUGCUACUUAACACGCUGUGCUGCUUAACAGCUCUGUGGGUUGCUCUUAAAGUUUGCCUCAUUCAUAUUCCAAACUAUAGAAAAGAUCCGACGGACCUCGAGGGCAGAAUGUUCCAGUAAAAAUAUAUUAAAGCAAGCGGAAGAGCAGACAUGAAAAAGAGCCUGUCACAUUCAGACUUGUGCUCUGUUGCAAAACUUGAUAAUGAGAUUGGAACAGGAACCAACAGAAGAAGAAAAACGAAGGGAUCGGGGACGAUCGCUCUUUCAUGUCUGACGUGCAUCCAUUCCUCAGCGGCGGCUGCCUCCAAUCUCCUCGCCUCCCCCUGGUGAACAAUGAAGCUCCGUCCGUGACAGAUCCACUGACAGAUAGGCUUCCAGGAGGAGCUCCAUCUCUGUUUAUCACCUGACACUCGCGCCUGUAGUUCACACACAGGGCAUGUCUCCCCGUCUUCUACUCCUCAGCACCCAUUCAUGACUCUGUCAGCCUCGAGCUGUAUCCAUCACGCAGCUACACCUGACAGGAUAAUGGAGAUCUACAGUGCUUCAGCUCUGGCUGUGACGAAGGCAUCCGCGGCCAAAAGCGAAGGGAGCCAACUGCACAGCUUCAUAAAGUGCACGCUGUACUGUACACCAAUGGUAACUUCACUGACACUUGGCAGCUUCUUCCAACUUCAUUAUCGCCCUUACACUUCCAUCUUUGACCCGUUGCAUGAUUCUGUCUGUGUGAUUUUCACAUUACAGUGGAAAUCAUCUGGAAAUACUUCAGUUCAGACUAACAACAACCAGAAGAACCUUCAUGCUCGACUUAUAGUGUCGCACACAGGUUUGCAAGCAAAUGUAGGUGGUGCUCAGAGCCCAAGCAGCAGUGACCUCCAGCAGCGUGGUGACCACAGAGUGAGAAAUCUCAGUGAAAUUCAAACUAACAGCAGUACAAAGCGGGCAGAUCCCAAAUUAAAGCUGAGCUGUCAUAGCAUAGAAUAACUUUGACAUAUGACAGGUUCAGGCACCAGCCGCAAAGCGAAGCACGGUGAACAAAACGCUGCUUUAAGGAAAACAGUUGCGAUCACAACGCGGCAAAGAUUAAUGCAAUCAUGGGCAAUGAACUUUCAGCCUUUGGAGACAAACAGCUCUGGAAAUAAAUGGACAAAUGAUGGAAAUAAAAAGGCAGCAAGACAGUGUGCCAUUGGACAGGGUCAAGUUGGCAUUUUACAUUCAGUCUGGCAUCUAGAACAGAACAGAAGUCCCUCAUCAGAUAGCAACGUAGUUGCUGCAGGACGGCAACUUAACUGCACAUUAAUAUAAGCAACCUUUGUUUUUAUGUAACAACGUAACCAGAAUGCAACUCAUUGGCCACCAGCUGAGUGAAGUACCUGCUGCGUAGAGACACACAUCAGUGCAGACUGACUCAGACUGUGUUUAUGAAUCAGUCUGUGAUUAUUUGCAAUCCUUCACAGAUCUUCAGUCGCUUUUCUAUUUUUGCUUUAGUGUGUUUGAGCUGUUAGGGGUUUAUUUGUUUUGUUCUUUUUGUUGGAAGUUUCUGAAUGUGAUUUUGUGACUGUUUGCAACCACCAAAGACAAAAUUCAGCAUUUGAGAAGCGCAAGAAAGUAGAGCUGGGGGUGUGUUGCUUUAUAACAUCGAUUCAGAUUUCUGCUUGGCUGAUGUAGUUUGGUUCCAUCUGUCCAUUUUCUACCACUUACCUGGGUUAUGGGCUCACGGAGGCAACCCUUUCCAUCUGCUGCUUCAGCCCCUCUGUUGGAUGUAGAGGACCUGCCACUCUAAACUCUAGGUUUACUCUAGAUUAGCACUACUUCCCUUUAUGUAAGGCUUUGACUUUGAGAUGCUUAAAUCGUGACUGGGUAACACCAAAGUCCUUCUCGAAGUCUUUGCCCAGUUGUUUGGAUAAAAUAAAUAAUUAUUUAAAUAAAUUUAAUUUCAGUGGAUUCAGAUCACCAUUUAAACCGCAUAUAAAGAGUCACAGGUCAAGUUUAAUAAAAACCACCUAAAGGUUAUCUCCGCCCGGAUGCGUGCUUCUCUGUACGGCUGUGAAAUUCUCCCGUGGAUUUUAAUUUCGGAUUAUUAGUGCGAGUGUCUGAGGCUCCACACCUCAGAGUGUUUGGAACAAAUGGAGAAUGAGGACAAGUACAGAUUUCUACUGCUUUCUGGUGAACCCAUGGUAACAUGUGAGGUAAAUGGAGCUUUUAUUUGGUUUGAAGCUGAAGUAUAUAAAAGUCCCAGUCAGCCUAAUUGAACAUCAGAUGGUCUGUAAGUAUUUCCAGUGGGGAAAUAGUUUUGGUUUACAAGGAUUUUCUGCACCUUUACUGUGUAAAAACAGCUUUUUUUGUCUUUGGACUUCAUACCAUUCCUACAUUGUCUUACAUUGUUUUUGUUUACAUCUCAGAAUAAAGAUCCAGGUCUUGGUUAUCUUUAUGGUUAAAUUGAGCAUCUGAACGGGCAUGGUCAGCUGACCCAGCAAAGAUAUCCACACUUUUAGUCCGAAGCACAGUUAAAACUUCCUACAGUAUAUGCAGCGUGUACAGGAUGAUUACAUGAGACUCUGUGGGAAAGCAUUUUCUUCCGGGUUUUAAUUGUUGCUGUUGUGUUCUCAGCUUGUAGAAGAAUUAACGGUUGUGGUCAAUUUAAAUGCAAACGCAGUUUGAGGGUGUUGGGAGGGUUCAGCGGGUUGAGCAGUGGUUCCAAAGGCGCCGCAGCUUUUUCAUCAACCGCUGUAAUGCAGUUUAAAUUGAAAGGUAAUGUGCUGUGACUCGAGUGUUUUUAAGGCACUGCAGCGUCAGUCCAGCACUGCUGAAGGUUACAGGGGUGACGGCGUCUGUGGCGUCAGCAGGACGCGCCCGUCUUUAACAAGAUCAAUCGCCAAUAAUCUAAUUUACUGCAAAUAUCGGCGGUGGGUCCUGCUGGUGUGACACCCGUCAGCUUCGUCUGGAUUGAGGGAGGAGCGGUGAUGUUUAGAAGCCAUUUACAUGUUUGCAAUCGCCUGAAGUGAAGCGAAUAAUACAAACACGUGAACCCUGAAAAGAUGUUUAAUACUUCACCUGAAGCCAGACUCAACAUGUGUGUAUGUGCGAGCAGAUUAGUUAUGAAAUGUGCCUUUUUUUUUUUUUGCCCUAAACUUCCUUCUCUUAUCAUCUGAAGAGCAGCGUGCCCGACAUCAUCAGCAUUAAUCCAUUUCUUUAAAAAUGACAAUCUGUGUUUUGCCAAAAAAAACUUACAUGUUUUUCUUUUCUUUGUGUUCAUUUCUUUGUUUUUCUUCCAUAAGUUUACAUCUUGUGUUUCUGGUAUUUGUUUACAGAGAUCUGGCCAGGCUGUAAUGUUUCUGCUUUGAUGGAUAUUCUGUUUCUUUUCUUUUUCAGUUUUUUUUAUUAUUUGGUUUUUAUGACUCACAAAAAAGUUAAAUAAA